AUGGAUUUGCUACUGGUUUCAGAGAGGACCUUCUGCAGCGCCAGAUCGGGGGGGGUCUCCCACGGAGACGAAGAGCAAGGCGCAGGGGUCGUCGAACAUCUGGAACGUACGGCCAGGAAGGGGGGCGCUCCGCGUCACAAGCGCAGGCUGGCAACGUGA